AUGCAGUCAUCUGGGCACAGGUUUCGUGACGUCGAGCAUCACCCGCUGCUUGCCGAAAAUGACAGCUAUGAUUCCUCGGAGGCUGAGGCGGCCGACAAGGUUUGGUUCAUCCGCGACGGCUGCGGGAUGGUCUGCGCCGUGAUGACCUGGCUCCUCGUUGUCUAUGCAGAUUUCGUAGUGACGUUUGUCAUGCUGCUGCCUUCCAAAGACUUUUGGUACUCCCUCGUCAACGGGGUUCUCUUCAACUGCCUGGCGGUGCUGGCCUUGUCCUCUCACCUGAGAACGAUGCUGACUGAUCCCGGGGCCGUUCCCAAAGGAAACGCCACGAAAGAGUACAUGGAGAGUUUGCAGCUGAAACCCGGCGAGGUGAUCUACAAAUGCCCCAAAUGCUGCAGCAUCAAACCGGAGCGUGCCCAUCACUGCAGUAUUUGCAAGCGAUGCAUUCGGAAGAUGGAUCAUCACUGCCCUUGGGUCAACAAUUGUGUCGGGGAGAGGAACCAGAGGUUCUUUGUGCUGUUUACCAUGUACAUAGCUCUAAUUUCCGCUCAUGCUCUCAUCCUGUGUGGGUUUCAGUUCUUCUCCUGUGUCAGAGGCCAGUGGACUGAGUGCAGUGACUUCUCCCCGCCCGUGACUGUGAUCCUGCUGAUUUUCUUGUGCCUUGAGGGUUUUCUGUUUCUGACGUUCACCGCAGUGAUGUUCGGCACCCAGAUCCACUCGAUAUGCAACGACGAAACGGAGAUUGAAAGGCUGAAGAGUGAGAAGCCCACCUGGGAACGGAGGCUACGCUGGGAAGGAAUGAAAUCCGUCUUUGGGGGCCAACCUUCCCUGCUGUGGAUCAACCCUUUUGCAGGAUUCCGGAUCAAGCGUCUGAUGCUGAGAGCCAAGAAAGGAGGUCCAGAGUUUUCUGUCUGAGCCUGCCCUCGAAAUCAUGC